AAAAGCAAACGGACCCUUGUCAAGAGAGGCAAGGCCAACUUUUUGAGGGGAGUUUGUUGUCGCCUGGCAGGGGCCCUGACCCACCCGCGGAGCUCAAAAAGGCAGCUGGGGAGGACGCAGAUAUCAUGGCCUUGAAAGAAAUUUCUAGCAAUAAAUGCUUUGGUGGUUUUCAGAAAGUGUUUGAGCAUGACAGUGUUGAGCUGAAAUGCAAAAUGAAGUUUGGGGUUUAUCUGCCACCCAAAGCAGAAACUGAGAAAUGCCCUAUAUUGUACUGGCUGUCGGGAUUAACAUGCACAGAGCAAAAUUUCAUAACGAAAGCAGGUUUCCAUCAAGUUGCAGCUGAACAAGGCCUUGUUGUGGUUGCCCCAGAUACCAGCCCACGUGGAUGCAGCAUUAAAGGAGAAGAUGAGAGUUGGGAUUUUGGCACUGGAGCUGGUUUUUACGUGGAUGCCACUGAAGAUCCGUGGAAGACGAAUUAUCGCAUGUACUCUUACAUAAAGGAUGAGUUACCUAAUCUGAUAAAUGCCAACUUCCCAGUUGACUCUGGAAGGAUUUCUAUUUCCGGCCAUUCAAUGGGGGGUCAUGGUGCUCUAAUCCUGGCUCUGAAGAAUCCCGGAAAAUACAAAUCUGUUUCAGCCUUUGCGCCAAUCUGCAACCCGAUUCAGUGCCCGUGGGGGAAGAAAGCUUUUAGUGGAUACCUGGGGUCGAAUGUAACCGAAUGGGAGGCUUACGAUGCUACACAUAUUGUGAAGUCCUACCAAGGCCCCUCUUUGGACAUUCUGAUUGAUCAAGGCAAAGACGACCAGUUCCUUACAGCAGGGCAAUUGCUGCCUGAUAAUUUCAUUGCUGCCUGCACAGAGCGCAAAAUCCCAGUGGUCUUCAGAAUGCAGCAGGGCUAUGAUCACAGUUACUACUUUAUAGCAACAUUCAUUAAUGACCAUAUCAGGCACCACGCAAAAUACCUCAAUGCUUGACUCGAGUAUCUCCUGACAGUACAAAACAAUUGGAAGAUAAUCAGUGGAAAUUAACAACGAAAAAGUACGUGAAUAAUCAGUGUAUUGAAAUGAAGUUCUGAUUUUAUGCCUCAGAAUAAACACUUGGAAUAUG